GGAGAUAAGGGAGAGCGCGGAGACCCCGCUGAGGGAACCAGAGGUAGACCCGGAAGACCCGGUGCUGAUGGAUAUGAAGGACUUCGAGGAGACAGAGGAGAGCCGGGAGAUGGAGGUCUUCCCGGACUCUAUGGGCUUAAGGGUGAAAAAGGAAAUGAAGGAAUUCAUGGUUUAACGGGUAUUCCUGGAAAACAGGGACUAUCGGGACAGCCGGGCCGACCCGGACACGACGGAUUGCCAGGUUUUCCGGGUAUUUGUUUUACAAAUAAGUUACGCAACAAUUUAUUUGACAAUUUCUAUGCAUUCAUUGCAGGCGUUAAGGGAGACAGAAGUGAACCACAUCUGGAAGGAGUGAGGGGUCAAAGAGGAACACCGGGAAGACCGGGAAUCCCUGGAUUACCAGGAAUCAAAGGAGACGAUGGGUUCGCCGGUUGGCCGGGAAGAGAUGGUCUCCCGGGACCUAAAGGACCUCCCGGUGUGUCUGGUAUUCAAGGUUUGCCGGGUUUGAGCGGUCGGUCCAGUGCUAAGGGCGCUAAAGGAGAGCGCGGAGAUCAAGGCUUAAGAGGAAUCGAUGGCUAUGAGGGUUCGCCAGGUCUGGUAGGACUUCCCGGAUCUAAGGGACAAAUGGGAGAAAUAGGAAUCGCAUUAUUAGCACAACCCGGUUAUGACGGAGAACUGGGACAAAAAGGUAAUCCCGGUCUCCCCGGCCUUCCGGGUCUGAAAGGCCUGAUGGGAGAGAUGGGAAUACCAGGACUUUCGGGUGAAACGGGUGAAAGUGGUGACAAUGGUUUGCACGGAAUCAAUGGAUUGGACGGUCGGCCCGGGUUUAGAGGAGAUAAUGGAUUGACUGGUUUACCCGGUAUUACAUUUAACUGGAAAGAUGUUUGCAAUCAU